GCCUGGGUUAGCCAUCAGGCGCCAUCGUGCGAUCCCCCGCUCCGCUGCUCUCGUGCCGUUCUCUGCGGCCCCCCACCCGCUCCCUGGCGGCUGGAAGGAGCAGGAGCUACAGAAGACGCGCCGCAAUGGCGCCCUCCCUGGGGUGGAGGCACCGCGCCCCGGCGGCGACGGCAGCGGUGGCGCUGCUGCUGCUAGCGGCCUUGGCAGGCGUGCCCGCGGCCCGUGCUGCACGUCGGGAGACCAAGGGCGUCAAGAUCACGGUGCAGGCCAAGUGGCAGGCCACCCCGCUGCUGCACGAGGCGGCAGAGUUCCUGGCGGACGAGGUUCCGGCGCUGUUCUGGCGGUUUGUGGAGGAGUGGCAGCGCGGGAGCGAGGCGCUGGGCGGCGCGCCCUCGCCCCAGCAGUGCUGGGCGGGCAUCCGGCAGGCCGCCGCGGCGCACCUGUCCCCCAACAUGGCCCGCCUGUUCUCGGCCGCCCUGGCAGCCCGCCAGUACUCACCCCGGCUGGAGAUGUUCCGCCAGCUGGCGUGGGAGAGCGUGGCGGCGGCGCCGGCUUGCUGCUGGGCGCUGCUGGGAGGGGCAGCAUACACCGAGGCGGCGCCCCUGGAGGCCGCACUGGCGGCGGCGCUGCAGGCCAAGGCCGCGGCGCUGCGGGAGGGGGCGGGGCGGGGCGUGGAGGGCGGCGCGGGCGCCGUGUACCCCUUUGACCACAUCUACGCCGCCGCCGCCAGCUCGGCGCCGCCGCUCAACAUCACCGCGCCCGCCACCGUCCCCGUGGAGCUGUUUGCGCCCAUCGGCAGCCGCUGCGGCGCCCAGCUACACGCGGUGCUGGCGGCGGCGGCGGAGCGCGCGGACGCAGCGGCGGCCGCCGCCGCCGCGCCGGCCGCCGCGCCGCGCCUUGCCUAUGCCUGGCGCCCGCUGCUGGACGCGGCGGCGUGCUCGGCGGCGGGGGAGGGCGUGGUGCACCCGUGUACUGCUCUGGGCACCGAGGGGCGGCUGGUGGUGCCCGGGUACGGCGUGGAGCUGGCGCUUAAAAACAUGGAGUACAAUGCGCAGGACGACAGCAAGAAGGUCAACAACCUGGAGCAGGACCGUCAGUACCAGCGGUGGCCCCGCGAGCUGCAGACGCUGCUCAUGCCCAUGUAUCCCGGCCGCCUGCCCACAGUGGCCCGCAACGUCCUCAACGCCGUCUAUGCUUUUGACCCCGCCUCCCCCGCCGCCCUCGACAUCGGCGCCCUGCUGCACCAGCUGCAGCAGCAGGCCUGGCCGCUGCGCACGGGCCUCCUGCCCGUGGUGGCGGCGCGGGUGGCGCGCGCCAGGGGCGGAGCAGGGCCCAGGCCCGACGACGCUCCCUCGCUGUCCGAGCGCAUGGGGCGCCUGCUGGGCGCGGUGCACGCCGCCUUUGGCGGCCGCGCCGCCGUCCACUUCCUGUAUGCCGUGCGGCAGGCCAUGCCUGCGCAGGCCGACGGCCAGGCCGACUUUGACGACCGCCUGUGGCUGGAGGCGGUGCGGGCGGCGGAGGAGCAGUGGGCGGGGUGGGGCGAGCUGGCAGAGGUGGAGGAGGGGCCCGUGGCCACGGCGGCCGAGGCCGUCGUUAUGGCGGAGCGUGCGGGCGAGGCGGGCAGCAAGGAGGUGGCUGCCCGGCUGCAGGCCGCCGCGGAGCUGGCCCACAGCACGGGGCUGGCGGGCCCCGCGCGGUCGGGCGUGCUGGUGUUCAACGGCGUGGUGAGCACCAACGACGGCGGCAGCGGCUGGCACGGCGUGACCAUGGGCGCGGUGCAGAGCCAGCUGCAGCAGGUGCAGGAGGAUGUGUACAUGCAGCGCCUGACAGAUGCGGCGGUUGACAUCUACGAGGAGGAGUACCAGGCUCGCCAGCUGGCGCUGGCGGGGCCGCUGCUGGGCCUGAACGCCACAUCCCCGCCAGCAGCCGGCGGCGGCGGCGGCGGCCUGUGGAUCCGCUACUUUGGGCCCCAGCCCAGCCUGGCGGCAGAGGAGGAGGAGGCCUCCGGCCCGGCGCCGCUGGCGGCGGUGACGCACUGGGUGGCAGCAGAUGCUGGCAGUAGGCAGGGCCUGAGGCUGGUGGCCGCGGGGCUGCAGCACCGCAGCAGCAACGGGCGGCUGGGCGUGGUCGUCAACUCUGGCGCCGGCACGGCAGCCCCGGGCGCGGACGCCGCCGCCCAGCUGCUGCCCGUUGAGAAGGUGGUGGUGGCUGUGGGCAGCGGCCUGCUGGAGACAGACCUGAACGACUUUGUGGAUGGGCUGGAUGCGGUGGUGCAGCAGCCCCAGGCCCCCGCAGCCCUCACGCUGGCCCAGCUAGAUGAGCUGCUGCAGGCAAGAAGGAGGGGUGGGUUUGAGGGCCGCCUGGAGCCCGCGCUGUCGGGGCUGGGCGCCAGCCUGGGGCAGGCCGCCGCCAGCCAGGCGGGCUUUGUGCGGCGUGCGCUGGGCCUGGGCGCCGGCGCCAACGCCGUGGUCAGCAACGGCAGGGUGGUGGAGCUGCCUGCCGAGCCUCCGUCCGGCGGCGACGACGCGGCUGGCUCGGGCGCCGAGUUUGAGCCUCACGACUUUGAGCUUCUGGAGCUGUACGCGCAGCGCAACCAGUACAGCGAGCGCAUGGCGGAGCUGGUGCGGUCGGCCAGCCAGUUUGGCGCCCUCCGCGGCGUGGACCUGUCGGCCGCGGCGGCGGUGGUGUCCAGCGCCCUGGCGGCAGCCAAGCCCGAAGAGGUGGACGCCCGCUCCGGCCGCGUCUCUGAGCUCAUCUCGGGCCGCUCGGUGCAGAAGAAUUUUGUGCGGGUGGCGGCAGCGGGACCAGCGGACUCUGCGCCGCUGCUGGUGCAGGCGGUGGUGAACCCGCUGAGCAAGCCGGCGCAGCGCCUGGCCCCGCUGCUCGCCUUCCUGCGGGGCGUGCUGGACGUGGACCGCGAGUAUCACGACAUGCCCCUCAAAACCUUCUACCGAUACGCGCUGCCCACGCUGGGCUCGCCCGACGGCGGCCCGCCCGCGCCCGCCGCCGCCACCUUCACCCGCCUGCCCCCCAACAAGGUGCUGACGCUGGGCAUGGACGAGCCGGAGCCCUGGCUGGUGGAGCCUGUGCAGGCGGAGGCCGACCUGGACAACCUGCGGCUGGAGGAGCUGGGCCCCGGGGUGGCCGCCGCCGAGGCGGUGUUUGAGCUGGAGGCGCUCAUGCUGACCGGCAUGUGCCUGGACCUGGCCUCGCUGGCGGCGCGCAUGCGGGAGCAGAUCCACCCGCGUGGCGUGCAGCUGCAGCUGCAGGCACUGUCCGCCCCCGAGGCCGCGCCCCCGCUGGUGGACACGCUGGUGAUGAGCAACCUGGGCUACUUCCAGCUCAAGGCGGGGCCGGGCCUGUGGAAGCUCAAGCUGGCGCCGGGCCGCUCCCAGGAGCUCUACUCAGUGGCCUCCUCCACAGGCGCCUCCAGCAGCGGGCAGCGCGCCGAGGCGGCGGUGGCCGGCGCCGACGCCCACCAGGUUCCUGUGGCCAUGAGCAGCUUUGGCGGCAAGCACAUGCACCUGUUCCUGCGCAAGCACGCCGACAGGCUGAGCGAGGAUGUGCUGGAGGCGGAGGAGGGGGAGCCAGGCAAGGGCUCGCUGUGGAGCAAGGUGACGUCGUGGGCGGGCAGCGGCGGCGGCGGCGUGCCGGCCCCCGAGGGCGAGGGCGAGCGGGAGACCAUCCACGUGUUCACCGUGGCCUCGGGGCACAUGUACGAGCGGCUCCAGAAGAUCAUGAUCCUGUCGGUCAUCAAGCGCACCCCCGCGCGCGUCAAGUUCUGGUUCAUCAAAAACUACAUGAGCCCCCAGAUGAAGGCCUUUGUGCCCUUCAUGGCCGAGAAGUACGACUUUGACUACGAGUUUGUGACCUACAAGUGGCCCAGCUGGCUGCACAAGCAGACCGAGAAGCAGCGCAUCAUUUGGGCCUACAAGAUCCUCUUCCUGGACGUCCUUUUCCCGCUGGGCCUAAAAAAGGUCAUCUUCUGCGACUCUGACCAGGUGGUGCGUGCCGACCUGCGGGAGCUGUGGCACAUGGACCUGCAGGGCGCACCCUACGGCUACACCCCCUUCUGCGACAACAACAAGGAAAUGGAGGGGUUCAGGUUCUGGAAGCAGGGCUUCUGGAGGGAGCACCUGCAGGGCCGCCCCUACCACAUCUCAGCCCUCUACGUCAUCGACCUGGAGCGGUUCAGGCAGAUGGCUGCGGGGGACCGGCUGCGCGUGAUCUACGACGGCCUGUCCAAGGAUCCCAACUCCCUGGCCAACCUGGACCAGGACCUGCCCAACUACGCGCAGCACGGCGUGCCCAUCUUCAGCCUGCCCAGUGAGUGGCUGUGGUGCGAGACGUAG